AAGGGAAUGGAAUGGUGCGCGACGGGACAAGCAGUAGAAGCCCGGACAAGCAGCGAUGGAGGCGAAGGGCCGUGAUGGCCCCCCAGCUUCGGCAAGCGUCGACGCGGCGGUGGCGGCGGCCGCAGCGGCGCCGUUACUCAUGGCCGAAACCCUAGCUGAAGCUCCCCGGAGGAGAGCCAGCGGUUCUAAGAGGAAAGCCUCGGCCUCAUCGUCCUCCACCCCCGUGAAGCGCCAGGCCAAGGAGAGAAACCUUCUCCACCACCUCUUCCCCGUCCAUAACGGUCCCUGCACCCGAGCUCGGCAAUCCCCCCACAAGCACGCGGCUGCCUCCCAUAGGUCUGUGGAGCAUGCGGCGGCCUCCGCGUGGGCGUCGGAGGCUAGAGGCACGGACGCUUCCGCCUCGGGAGGCCCGAUCAAAGCGGAGGAAGAGGAGGAGGUCGAGGAGCCGCUCGUGGAUGUGGAGUUUGAGGCCGUUCGAUCUAGAGGUGUCGACGUUCAUGCCGUCCCUACGGCUGCCGGCUGGUUCUCAUGGAAAGUGAUCCACCCCGUUGAGAAGCAUAUGCUGCCCUCAUUUUUCAGUGGAAAGUCUGAGAACCGGACACCUGAAGUGUACAUGGAAAUUCGGAAUUCUAUCAUUAAGAAAUUUCAUUCUGACCCACAGACACAGGUGGAACUCAAAGAUUUCUCAGAGUUGUCUGUUGGAGAUAUGGAUGCAAGACAAGAAAUCUUGGAAUUCUUGGACCAUUGGGGUCUUAUAAAUUUCCAUCCUUUUCCCCCGUCUGAGAACGAAGCAAGCAAAUCUGAUGCCGAUGACAGAGAUAAAACUUCAACUUUGGUCGAUAAGAUGUAUCAGUUUGAAACAAUUCAGUCAUUUCCCCGUCUUGCUACGAAGAAAGAAGAGUCCUUGGUACCUGCGGUGCCCCCUUGCUUGCUUCCGGAGUCUGCCCUUCUUGAUGAUUUGAUUAGGCCAGUUGGUCCUUCUGUUGAGUACCACUGCAACUCCUGCUCAGCUGAUUGCUCUAGAAAGCGCUUCCAUUGCCAAAAGCAGGCAGAUUUUGAUUUGUGCGCUGAUUGCUACAACGAUGGGAAGUUUGGAUCAGGCAUGUCACCAGCUGAUUUUAUUCUAAUGGAAUCUGCAGAGGGUCCUGGUUUAAGUGUUGGGAGUUGGACAGAUCAGGAGACUUUGCUUCUACUAGAAGCAUUAGAACUUUUUGGGGAGAAUUGGAAUGAGAUUGCUGAACAUGUUGCUACUAAAACCAAAGCCCAAUGCAUCUUACAUUUUCUUCAAAUGCCCAUUGAGGAUUCUUUUCUAGAAGGUGGUGAUGAUGAUGAUGAUGUCAAUGAGAGUAACCCAGGUAGCAAGGACCAAAUUCUGUCGACUAAAGAAUCAACAGCCACAAAUACUUCUGAAUCGGUGGAAGAUGACAAGAAAGAAGCAAAGGAGGAAACCUCUCAUACAAAUGCUCCUGAUGCUGAAGCAAAAAAAUCUGAAAGUUCUGACAUUGUAGAUGAACCUAUAACAUCCAAAACAGAUCGUUUGGUUAAUAAGAAUACUGCUGAUGUUAAUAUUUGCCAUGAAACUGGAGCCAGCUUUGCUAUCGAUGCACUGAAGGCUGCAUUUCAGGCUGUAGGGUACUUUCCUGAACAAGGAGGAUUGGGUUCAUUUGCAGAAGCUGGAAACCCAGUCAUGGCACUCGCUGUAUUUUUGUCAGGUCUUGUUGAAUCUGAUGCUGUUAUCACCUCUUGCCGCAGCUCCCUGAAAGCCAUGUCAGAGGAUUCACCUAGCAUCCAGCUUGCUACCAGGCAUUGUUUUCUUCUUGAAGAUCCACCAAUUGAUAGGAAGGAUCCACAUCUCUCUGUGAGUGCUGUUGCUGAAACCAGCAAUGAGGAGGCUAAUAAGGAUGGAAACAAAACACAAACUUUAGAUGCCACUGACGAAUCUAAGGAGAAGAAUGAGAUUUCUGCUUCUGCGGAUAAUGAUGGGAACUCAUCCAAUUUGUUGCCUGAUUUCUCAUCAAAACAAAUUGAUGAAAAAGAAGUAAAUGAUGUGAUUCCUUCGAAAGCAGUGCCAACCACUGUACAGGAAUCAGUUGAUCAGUCUUUGUCUGGGGACCAGUGUAUGACUAGUAAUGUGAAGGAUGUAACUGAUGCUUCUUCGCCUGUAGAUCCUAUGCAAAGCACUAUGAAGGAAACUGAAAAUUUAGCUUCUCAAGGUGAAGAUUCAAAGAGUCAGGAGAAGGAAAUUAUUGGUUCUAAGUCAGUGGGGGAGAAACCUAAUACCAUGACAAAUUCAGAGGAUUUAAUUUCAGCAGACAAGGUCCAACAACAUACAGAUAUAGCUAAGAUAAAUACUAAAGUUGUUUUGGAAGAACAAGAGUGUGUGCAACUAGGUGCUUCAGCUAACGAAACCAAAGGAAAAGCAGAUGAGGGUGAGAGAACAGAGUCACACAGUGAUGAUGAGAAAAAUUCUGACCCAACUGGAGUUGCUGAUGAUCAUAAUAUAGACAGGUUGAAGCGUGCUGCGGUCACCGCACUCUCGGCUGCUGCUGUAAAGGCUAAGCUUCUCGCCAAGUUGGAAGAAAAUGAAAUUCUGAAACUUGUUUCGUUGGUUAUUGAAAAGCAGUUGCACAAGUUGGAGGCAAAGUUGGCAUUUUUUGCUGAUAUUGAUAGUGUCGUCUUGAGGAUGAGAGAACAAACAGAAAAAGCAAGACAGAGACUAAUGCUUGAACGCUCGCAAAUAAUUGCUGCUAGACUUGGUGUACCCACUUCCUCGCUCAGAGCCAACCCAGCUUCCUUACCAGCAAACAGAUUAGCCAUGGGGUAUGGUGCCACUGGUAUAAAACCGCCUAACAUGGCAUGGCAGAAGCCACCACCUGUAAGAAGGCCAUGAAGAUGGGAGUCUAGUUGCCUUUUCUUUUUCAGUCUCCGUUUCAGGUUUUGGCAUCAAUAGUUGUAGAAUGGCCGAUUGUUGCAGAUGUUGAGCAAAGUUGGUUUUCUGAGCAUAUAAUUCAUGCAGAUGUUUCUGAUUCUAUACCAACCAGGUUCAUCUAAUCAGUUGGUGUAUUCACCUGAAGUAACGAAAAGCAUUCAAUUCUAUCUGUAGUCUGAUUGAUCUUUACCUAGUAGCCACUUUGACAAUGUUACUUGGAUAAGUCUUCAAGAGAAUGAUUGCCGGUAGAAACCCCGAUGGCCCAACUUUUCUUUGUUUGUAAAUGCAAUUUUCUAAUGACUAUUUACGGCGAUGGAAUUUACUUGAUGGUGAAAAGAAACUCUUGCCAUGAAUUAUACCAAAUGAUGCAGUCAAUUGAAGAAAGGAUCAGAAGUUUUCGUAUUCUUGCUUA